UUCUACCUCCCGCUCCUGGCUCCCCGCUGGCUCCGCUGGCUCCGCUCCACCUCCGUCCGCUCCACCUCCGUCGCGUCGCGUCGCAUCGGUCUCCCACGCCAUGCCGAUCUGCACAAGGGGGUCCAACGAGGGGAAGUGUUUGAUGCCACAGCCCAGUUUCUCCGUUGCCUCACGGUGUCUCUCCAAGACCUCGCGGCACUUUCCCAUGUGGGUGAUCAGUGCUGAGAACUUGCUUCAGCUUGAUUCCUUCAAACCACAUCAGGAGCUUCAGGCUGCCGGGCUCUUGGAGCUGCAUGAUCCUGAGCACCGUGACGCUCGCGUGACCUUUGUGUCUCACGAAUGGUCAAGUUUUGAUCAUCCAGAUCCCCAGAAUGCACAGCUCCACUCCUUGCAGCAGAUGAUCUUGGGCAUCCGGGAUGGCAGCAUCCAACUCCGUCACGACAUGAACAGCUACUUCCGCCCCGCCAUGACGCGACCCGUCUCGCUACAGGAGCUGAAAGGCAUCCCGAAAGGCUACUUUUGGAUCGACUUCCUUUCCAUUCCGCAGGUCUGUCACUGCACCUCGGCGGCGGAGCGACGCCAGGUGCAAGAGGACAUGCGGGCGGCAGUCAUGAGCUUGCAUACCUACGUGGCGCAUUGCUCCUUCUUUGUGGUCUUGGCACCGAUUCAAUACCACACGUCGGGUCGGCUGAUGAGUUACUCAUCGUGGAAGAGCCGUGGCUGGUGUCAGUUCGAGCUGGCUGUGAAUGGCCUCUUGGGCAGCGGCACCAAGCCUGUGCUGAAUGUGGACACCAAGACUGUGUGGCAUGUGCACUACCUCAGUUUUUGGCAGCUCUCGCCCUGCUGCGGCGACUUUACGAAGGAUGAAGACAGAUACUUCAUCGCUGAUGCACUGCAGCAAGUCAUGGAGCACAUGGAAGACUCUCUGCGAUCCUCCAACAACGCGCACAGGCUCCACUUGCUGCAGAAUCUCCGUAAGGAGUUGCUGAAGUGUCGCGGCUUCGAGAUUACCAUGCCGCGCAUUCGGACCAAGGACAGGAGCUCAAGCAGUGGUCUCUGGCCGGGCUUGCACUAUGCGGCGGCUUUGGAUGAUGUAGAGCUUGUUAGGACCCUUCUCAAGGCCGACGCAGAUGUGAACGCAUGCACUCAAUGUAAAGAUUUGGACUUCCAAUUACAAUGUGGGCAAACGCCCCUGCAUGUUUGGGCCGCCUUCUCUCGGGAUCCCGCAGUAGCAGAAGCCCUACUGCAACGUAAAGCCGAGGUGGACGCUUUAGAUGAUGACCGGAUCACUCCAUUGAUGAUCGCUUGCCAGAUGGGCAACGAAGCCAGUUGCAGGACCUUGUUGAGGUGCUCGGCCAACGUGAACCACCAAGACAAGCUGUGCUUGACGCCGAUUAUGCUCGCAGCGGCAUCGGACCAUGCUCGUCUUUUCUGCUCCCUACUGGAGUAUGGUGCAGAUCCUCUCUAUCAAUGGGCUGGCGUAGGGUUGUUGCACGUGGUGGCAGCUCACUGUACAGACUUCACCUCCGAGUGCCUUCAAAACCUUCUGAAGGAAGGCUUGCAGUUGAAGAGCCAGUGCUCGAUCCGAUUCUGGAGCUCACCAGGCUUUGUCCUUUGGUGUGCCUUGCUCUGCAGCAGCGAAGCGCGGAAGGAGUGGCGUUUGGUCAGCGGCAGUACGCCCUUGUGCACCAGCAUUCUACGGGGCAACGUCGGGGCGCUGCGGCUCUUGCUCCAGGCGAAGGCCGACCCGAAGGACCUCGGCACACCCGACCCUCGAGAGUACGGCAAGCGCGCUUCCAUUCCAGACCAGGUCUGGCAGCGGCUUUUAGAGGAGACCCAGGGACCGGAGACCGAGAAACCGCCCUCAUCGUGACGUCUUGAAAGGAAAAAGAACAUGCCGCGGGAGAGUGGCGGCUUCACGCGCGGACUGACUGUUGGUACGCGCACCCGCGCGGACUGACGGGUGAAGUCGGAUGGACGGGCGGGUCUGCAGAAUGGAGUCGGAUGGACUCGGGUGUGGAUGUGGCGAGCUUUUCCAUCACUUCUGGGAGUCUGUGGUUGCAAGGAGAAGUUUUAGCAUCCACGGUCCGCGGUUCCAUCAUGAUCGGUGCUCCAAGCAAUGAUCUGACGAGAUGGCUGGAGGCUGUUGAAAGUGUGCAGCACAAUUUGGGCAAACACGAAGACCAGACUCUCGGACAACAGACAUGGUUUAGUCGAAGCCGGGACACCUGGGUUUUCCCGAAGAACAGAAUAAUUCCCUAGGUCAACCUACAUCAAGCUACCCUGGUUUAGGGAUGUUUAGGGAUGUUUAGGGUUCCGGGUCUUGACCCCCCAGCCACAUCUCUCCGUGACGCGGUGGCUCAAGUGACCAGAAGGUCCACGGUGACGCUUAAAGCGCGGCGCGCGAUGCAGCGAAGCAGGUCGACCGAGUGGACGGUGAGACACGGGGAUUGAGACCCUGGUGAGAGGAAGCCAAGCUCUUCACGCCAGGCUUGCGACAGUUUGUUUGGCUAGCCUGCCACGGGCUGGUUACCAGGCUGUACCGUGAUGCUGCAUGCAUUUGCAUCAUCUGCAUGCAUCUGCAUGCUGCAGGCGGCGAACCUGUCGGAGAA